AUGUUGAGAAUCAAUCUCCUGAUAUCAUCUAUUGAUAGCCGUCGUGAUUCAUCUAUUCCGUUAGCUUAUAUAGUGGUUUUGAGCCUUCGCGGAAUGAUAUUCAACUUCAUUCUUGCAUUUCAGUUUUUGAUGUAUCUGAUUACUACAUCUGAAGGCUAUCAGGCGUUCUCAAAAUCGCUGGGACGUGAGUUCACACUAUUCGGUACAUUUUCUUACCUGAUUGCUCCGGUUAUCAGUGUACUAAUAAGUGUUAAUCGAGUGGCAGUUGUAAUAAAACCAAUGAAUAUGUGGUUCACCAAUCCUAAUGUUUUUCUUUAUUGUGGACUGAUUGCAAUUAUAGUUCUUAUCUCUCUCAUUAUCCGAUACCUUAGUCCGUGUUAUAUCAUUUUUAUGGUGAAUCGAUUAUCACAUGUGGCAGGUUGCGCUCCAGAUCGGCAUCCGAUCACUGAUUUUCAAAACACCUACACUAUAAUUCUCCCCUUCUCGUGUAUGAUUGUGAACUUGAGUAUCACAUUGCACCUUCGAUUUGUCCGAAACAACUCAUAUAUAAAACUUUGGAAGAAUUUCAAAACGAGGGUGUUGCAAAAAGAAAUAAAAGAAGACCCAAUUCGAAAUGCAUCUCAACCAACAUAUUUUUCAAAACUGAGAGCCAAACGGGAUGUUUUAAUGAUCCGACAAACGAUCACAAUUGCAUUUUAUCUAUCUUUCUAUGAGUUUGGAGCAUUUGUUACUAAAGUUUUUCCGAAUUUGUACGCUAGCUUACCUCCUAUUGGAAAAGAUGUGUACUUUUAUGUGAGAAUGGAGACGAUUCCUGUGAUGAACUUUUUCAUUUAUUUCGUGGAGACAAAGAAAACAAGAGUGAUGGUCUGUCGGUUUUUGAAAAGAGAAACAAAGCAGGAUUUGGGUGGUGUUAGUGUAUCAAACCAUCGGACAGUCACUAAUUAA